AUGUCUGACGAACGAAUUGUCCUCAACGUAGGAGGAAUAAAGUACGAAACCACUCUCUCAACACUUCUUGCUUAUCCGGAUACUUUUCUCGGUCGGAUGUUUCAAAAACGUAACGAUGAACUCGCUCACCCAACGAAUAACAAUGAAUAUUUCAUCGAUCGCGAUGGACAUGUGUUCCGCUAUGUCUUGCAAUAUUAUAGGACGGGGAAAAUAAUAUAUCCAGGCGGAAAUCAAUCUUCUGGUAUAUCGAAAGAAGAGUUACUAAUCGAAUUUGACUUUUUCCAAAUUCCCAUUCCUCGCCUCGAAAACGACGACGAAGAAGAAGAAACACAGCUUUUGCGCCCACCAAACUAUGCUGAUCAUCAAUAUGCGACGGCAUUGGAUCAGUUCGUCUUAGAUGUAACAAACUUUUUCAGACAGAGAUUAUCUGAUGGUGAUGUCGUUGCAGAGAUCACCGUGCGGAGAGACAAAUAUUUUCCUCACGACUAUUUACCGAGAUACGGAAGACUGCCAUAUUUAUUCUGCGAGGAAUUCGGAGGUGAAAUAUGUAAUCAUCUAAUGAACGAACUAACAGGUGUGAAGGCCUCUCUGAGACAAAGUCCGGACAAAUUUCUUUUGAAGCUGUGGGUGACUGGCGUCAACUUUACUAUUGUGAAGAGAUUAUCUUGUAUUAAACGUGCAAAAAAGAAUGAGGAAGAAGUAAAUGCAGCGUGA